AGCGAUGACAGUCGAUUUGACAGCGUGAUUUUGAUUCGUGUAUCAAUUUAUGUUACUGACAUUCCACACACUGUUUUCGAAAAACGUUUCCUUAUAUUAAUUAAUAGCUUCAAUCAAUUGUAAUGUCGUCCAGAGUGAAAACCAGAGAACUAAAAACAGGCGAAAUCAUUGCAUACAGUGAAUCAGCCAUACGAAAUAAUGCCUCAGCUGUUGAAUAUUGCCGAACAUCGAUGGCAGCCUUAAGUGGUAGUACAGCUGGAAUCAUGGGACUGACUGGAAUUUUAGGAUUUCUAUUUUACUUCGUUGCUGUGCUGGGACUUUGGUGCAUGCUAUUGUUAAAAUCCGGUUCAAAUUGGCAGAAAUAUUUCAUUAGUCGUCGGAGUCUGCUCACCAACGGUUUCAUGGGCGGCCUCUGCACGUACGUUCUGUUUUGGACAUUUUUGUUCGGAAUGGUUCACGUCUAUUGAAGGGCGCCACAUGCGAAAUAAUGAAAAAACCAUCGUGUAAAUGUAUUGUGUUUUCAACAGCUUCGUUUUGUAAUCCAAAUUUACAUAAAUUAUUGCAAUAAAAUAUUCUAGAAUAAAAA